UCAAGAUGGCGGACGAAUCAACAAAAACGGAAAUUCUUCAAUGUUUUCCAUGUGAAGCUAAAGAUUAUAACAAAGCUCGAUGUAGGAUGGAUAUGGCGACCAUGUCAGAUCUUGGUGUUAUUAUAGGUUCGUCAGUAAGAAUCAGAACUGAUAAGUUUUACGUCUACUGCUCCGUGUGGCCUCGUGAGGGACGUGCAAGGAUUAUUCAGUUUGAUAGUAUGGUUUCUUUAUACUUUGAUAAAACUGAACAACGAGCUGCUAAAAAGACACUCAAUCAAACCUCAAUUGCUAUGACAGAUAUUUCAAAGCUAGAACCUAUAGAAGCUGCUGCUGUUAAAGUAUCUUUGAUUCUAAAAGACAUCGGAGAUGAUUGUAGUUAUUUUUCCAAAACAAUUCUGGACAAACGACGUGAACGAAAGGUUAAGAUGCUACUACAAGGACUGACUAUCGUCAAAGGAUGUGUUAUAAAACCUAGAGAAUUAAGAAACAAUGAAAGUAGUAUAUACAGGGAAAUAUAUAGUGUCACAGUAGAGGAAACUAUGCCUAUAAUUAGUGAUGCAGGUUGUGUAACUGUCUCAGCAAACACUACAAUUCACGUGCAGUCAGUAAGAAUGGGGAGCUUAUUUGGUGAAGGCAACAGAUUUACUAUGGCAGGAAUGGAUGAAGCUUCAAAAAUUCUGAAAGAAAUGUUAAAGUAUCCAUUUGAAUACCCAGAGUCCUUUGCACACCUGGACUUAGAGUGCCCUAAAGGGAUCUUGUUACAAGGCGCACCAGGUGUUGGUAAGACACUCUUGGUAAGGACUGUAACAGAUGAUUGUAAUGCACAGUUAAUAACUGUUAAUGGAACUGAUGUCUUUGGACCACACUCGGGAGAAAGUGAAGAGAAUCUUAGAAAGGUUUUCGAAAAAGCCAGAGUGGCAUCAAAAUCAGGACCUUGUGUACUCUUUAUUGAUGAGAUAGAUGCACUGUGCCCUAAAAGAGGAACCAGCGGUAGUGAAGAAGAAAACAGAAUUGUAGCUCAAUUGCUGACCCUCAUGGAUGGUGUGGAUAAUAAUAGAGGAAGACUUGUGGUCAUUGGGGCAACAAACAGACCAAAUGCUAUAGACUCUGCCUUAAGAAGACCAGGAAGGUUUGAUAGAGAAGUUGUCAUUGGUGUUCCCAGUCCACUAAACAGACUAGCGAUUCUUCAAGUCCAUACAAGAAAUCUCCAACUAGAUGAAGAUGUCAACCUUGCACAUCUUGCAGAGAUAACUGUGGGUUAUGUUGGAGCAGAUCUUGCCUCUUUGUGCAGGGAAGCUGCUAUUGCUGCCAUGAAAAGGACAUUUCAGGAGGAAGGAGGUCCAAGUCUAUCCUUGCAAAAAGGGUUUGCUAAAGCUAGUUCAGUUAAGAUGACAGACUUCCAGCUAGCAAUGUGCCACAUUGUUCCCUCUACACACAGAGGGAUGGAAGGUCUUGUUAGUCUUCAUCCAAUCAGCUGGCAGAGUAUUGGUGGACUGCACCAAGUGAAACAAGCUCUUAUGCAAGCAAUUGAAUGGCCACUCAAGUAUCCCGAAGCCUUUUCAAGAUUAGGUCUUCAGCGUCCACGUGGAGUGAUGUUGUACGGUCCCCCAGGGUGCUGCAAGACCACAUUAGUGCGAGCAGUUGCAUCUUCAUGCCACUGUACCUUUCUAUCUCUUAGCUGUGCGCAGCUAUAUUCACCAUAUGUUGGAGAUGCUGAGAGGAUGAUAAGAGAGAUUUUUCUGAAAGCUAGAGCAACAGCCCCUUCGAUUUUAUUCCUUGACGAGCUGGAUUCCCUUGCUGGAAAAAGGUCGGAGAAAGACAGCAGUGGCCCCCAAACCAGGUUGUUGGCGAGCCUUCUAAAUGAAAUGGACGGUGUUGGAGUGUCAGCAAACAUAUACGGUUCGGACCAUGACAGAAACAGUAAGCAAACAUCCGAAAACAAGAUUUCUCAAGAUGGGGAAGGAAAAUGUGACACAGGUAAUGUCAAAGAAAUGUCUGAAAAAUCUAAUGAAAAUAUCUUUGAGUCGAAUCCUGAAAAUUCAAAACUAGACUUGAAAGAAGACAGUGGAGAGGAUACUAAUGAUGGACGGAAACAAAGACUUUCAAAGCUUCAAAAUGUUAAAGACUUGAUCCUGGUAGCAGCGACAAAUCGCCCGGGUGCUAUAGACGAGGCGUUACUAAGACCCGGUCGUAUUGACCGUAUCAUAUACGUUCCCCCACCAAACCAGGAUGCGAGAUUGGAGAUCCUCAAGGUCCUUACACGCGCAAGUCCUGUAUCUGAUGAUGUUAGUUUGAAAAAUAUUGCCGAGAAUACUGAAAUGUUUUCUGGAGCGGACUUGGAAAAUCUUUUAAGGGAGGCCGCGCUGUUUGCACUGGAAGAAAAUGGCAUGACGGCAAGUAACAUAGAACAGAAACAUUUCACCAAAGCUCUUGCUACUGUGAAACCAUCUCUGACUAUAGAACAGCUGAAUUACUAUAAAAACUGGUAAAAAUACUGUUUUUUAGUAGUCCAUUCACAUAUUUAUUCAAUAAAAGA